CUCUUGUCCAAUUGCUAUCACCUUUAAACGGGGCACAGUUCCCAUAAUCGCUGCACUGCGCGCAACAUCUACAGAGUCUCGAAACGCGCGACGGGAUGGGCUGGAAUGGGGUCAGUCGCCAGGCACCGCAGCUGCGUCCUCGCUCCGGCGGCAACGAGGAGCUUGAGAGGCCCCCCGGCCUGAGGGAGCGACCGGAGGUCACUUGGGGAGGAGACGUCUUCUCGGAAGCCUUCGCGAUGGGCUUGGUAAGCAAGAACAACGUUCCAAAUGGCGAUAUCUAUAUCCAUGACGAAGGCAUUACCGGACCUUUUCCAACUGAGCCAGAAGAUGGCGAAGAAGGACAUCAAGGUACCCAAGUCGAAGACCAAGGCGAGCAGCAGACACCAAGCUCCGUGCACAUGUUCAAGGAGACACCCCAGGAGCAGGAAGACGAGACCCGCACCUCGUUCUGGGUCUUCUGCGCCCUCAAGCUCCUCAAGGUGCUCGCCUACCUGCUCACCUUCUCGCUGGUCCUCGGCGGCGCCGUCGUCACACGGGGCACGCUGCUCUUCAUGACGUCCCAGCUCAAGAUUCCGCCGACCAGUCCCUUCCUCAACAGCACCAGGAAGAUCUGCAAGGACGGACUGUCUCUCGAGGAAGACAAGCUCUAUUCGACGGGCGUCGACAGCGUCCAGCGAGUUGCCUGGAAAUGGAUGUUGCUGCUCGUGCUCUGCGUUCCCGAGCUGAUCUGCUUCCUCGACUGCGUCAAAGAGUGCAUGCUACGAAGUAUCAAGAUGCCCGGUCCCAAGACCUUUUUUCUGGUCUUCGUCGUCGAGACCUUUCAUGCCACGGGCCUCUGUCUCCUGGUCUUCGCGGUUCUUCCAGAAAUGGAUGCCGUGAAGGGCGCCAUGAUCUGCAACUGCGUCGCCAUAGUGCCGGCUCUCCUGGCGUCUCUCUCGCACAAGAGGGCGCACUGGCAAACGGCUCUCAACAUCCUCGCGUUUGCGGGUCAGGUCACGGGCACAGUGAUCUGGACCCUGGGCCCUACGGGAGUUCUCACACUUCCCGCUGCCCUGGUCCUUGUGUCCUUCGCCUGGUGGGAGACAGCCGCGAACGAAGACGCCCCGGCGUUCCAGAUGCUCCGUCUAGCCCCGUGCAAGCGAAGCCUGGAAGAGUGUCGGUCGGUUGUAUUCCUCCUGAUGUCCAUCUGGAAAAUGAUUGUGCUCUUUCUGGGCAUGCUCACGAUCGAGUACUUCAGCACGGGGUCGGUGGUAGCGCUUUUCGACCAACUCUACACGAGUUUCGGGUCGCAUCAGGUCCCUGUGUACCAACUUCGCACGUUCGUCGAAGGCACCGAGGUUGCUGGACCUGCUCUUCUUUGCGAGGAGGACUUCCUCCUGAGUCGAAGGGGUGUCUCACUGAUUGUGGCUGGCAUCCACAUCGCUGCUGGCUACAUCGGAUACCGUGCCUGCGUCUUCGCCUGCCGGAUCGACAUCCAGGCGGUGUCCAUGGCUUUUCCGCUGAGCCUGGCAGGACCGGCCACGAUGGCGCUAAUAGUGAUCGCAUGUGGAGCACGUGGCGUGGACGUUUGCUUUUUCAAUGACUUUUUGCCCAAAUACCUAUUCUGGAACUGUCCGAACGACCCCUUGAUCACAUUCAUCACCAACGAGCAAGCCUGGUUCUGGCUCCUCUGGUUCCUAGGUCAAGUCUGGAUCACAGGCUACAUAUGGACCUCUCACAACACCAGGAUGGCUGCCGAGGAGGCGAUCUUCGCUCGGCCGUCCUACUGCAGCGCUUUGCUCGAGCAGUCUACAGCACUGAACUUGAGGAAUUCCUAUUCCAAGCUACCGGAGGAGGCCUUUUCGCCUUCCCGUAAAACAAGCGCGGCCAGUUCAACAAUCCACUCCUUCGUCGACGACUUGAACGAGCGGGAUGACGUCACCAGGAUUUACGCCUGCGCCACCAUGUGGCACGAAACCAAAGAAGAGAUGCUACAACUUGUCAAAUCCAUGCUCAGAGUAGACUUCGACCAAAUCGCUCGAAGGAGUAGUCGUGCAUACCACUUAUGGACAGAAAAGGAGCCCUACCUGUUUGAAGCAAAUAUUUUCUUCGACGACGCCUUUCAGGACUUCACAGACGCCAGCGGCCGUAAAGGCCGGGUUAUCAACGAUUACGUUCGCACUCUCGUAGCCACAGUUGAAGAAGCCGUACGCAUCGUCUACCGCGACGAUUCCCUGGUACUCGACGAUCCGCUGCUUUUCGACACGCCGUACGGCGGUCGGGUGGAGUGGAUCAUGCCCGGCCACAACAAGCUGGUGGCCCACUUCAAGGACAAGACCAAGAUCAGGCACAAGAAGCGCUGGUCCCAGGUCAUGUACAUGUAUUACCUGCUGGGCCACAGACUAAUGGAAAUGGACAUCAGCGUCGAGAGGAAGGACAUCCGCAAGCAGAACACCUACAUUCUGGCUCUGGACGGGGACAUCAACUUCAAGCCGGAGGCAAUCUUCUACCUUUUGGACCUCAUGAAGAACAACUCGCAGCUCGGGGCAGUUUGCGGCCGGAUUCAUCCGGUCGGCUCAGGAGCCAUGGUCUGGUACCAGAAGUUCGAAUACGCCGUGGGUCACUGGCUCCAGAAAGCCACGGAGCACGUCCUCGGCUGCGUCCUCUGCAGCCCUGGCUGCUUCUCGCUCUUCAGGGGAGAAGCCAUCAUGGCCGACAACGUCAUGCGGACGUACACGACCAAGUCCGAAGAAGCACGCCACUUCGUGCAAUACGACCAAGGCGAAGACCGCUGGCUCUGCACGCUGCUCCUCAAGCAAGGCUACCAAGUGGAGUACUCGGCCGCGUCGGACGCCUACACCCGUUGCCCCGAGUCCUUCGAGGAGUUCUUCACGCAGCGACGUCGAUGGACCCCGUCGACCAUGGCCAACAUUCUGGACCUCUUGAUGGACGCCAAGCAGAUAGCCAACAAGAACCAGGGCAUCUCCAUGUUGUACAUGACUUACCAGACCAUGCUCAUGAUCGGGACCAUCCUGGGGCCCGGUACCAUCUUUCUGAUGCUUCUGGGCUCCUUCGUGAGCUGCUUCCGCGUGAGCAACGUUACGGCUCUCCUCUACAACAUCGUGCCCGUGAUGGGCUUCACCAUCGUCUGUUUCACCUGUUCCCAGAAAGUACAGAUCUUCGUGGCCCAAAUCCUAUCGGCGGCGUACGCACUCCUCAUGACGGCCGUCGUGGUAGGCAUAGCGCUCCAGAUCCAAGAGGACGGCAUAGCCUCCCCCUCCUCCAUCUUCCUCGUGGCCACGGUGUGUAGCUUCCUCCUGGCCGCCUUGUUCCAUCCACGAGAGUUCGGUUGCAUCAUCCACGGCCUCCUCUACUUCGUCCUGGUACCUUCCAUGUACCUCCUCCUCAUCCUCUACUCGAUCGUCAACCUUAACGUCGUCUCGUGGGGCACGCGAGAAGGAACGCAGACCGAGACUGCGGCGACCGACCAGAAGGUACAGGGCACGUCCCAGAUGGCAGCUGCCAUCGAUUCUGUCACCACCUGCAGCCUGGGAAACAUCGUCACCUGCUUCUGGUGCACCUCGCCGAAGAAGGAGAGUCCGGGAGGCUCGUUCAGGAGGCGCAGCCAGCGCGACUACCCGGCGAGCAGUUUGCAGAGGUGGCCCGGAAGGCGAAUGCCACCUGUAGACGAGCAAGAUGAGGAGGAAUCACCCGUGGACGAGGCCGACUCCUUGCCCCCGCAUAACGCUAAUCAAGACCCUGCGGACAUCGAUCCCACAACGCCGAAUCCACAGGACCCAACGCACUGGUGCUCCGACGCAGUCUUCAAAAACGCCCCACAGUACUCCAUGGGCAACAGAGAAACAGAGUUCUGGAAGCAACUCAUUAACCAGUACCUGAAGCCCGAAGACACCGGCAGUGAGGCAGAGAAGAAGAGAGUCGAAGAGGGACUAAAGUCCCUCCGCAACCGGACUGUCUCCACCAUGCUUCUCUGCAACGCGCUCUACGUCUUAACCAUCCUCCUGCUCCAGUACCACAAGAACAGGCUGUACAUCAAUUGGCCCAUAGGCGAAACCUACGUCGUCCGAUACUUCCACGUGACCGGGCACGUCACGGUGGAACACCAGGCGCAACGCCUGGAGCCCAUCGGCCUGGUGUUUCUGGUCUUCUUCGCGCUCAUCCUCACCCUGCAGUUGUGCGGGAUGCUCACUCACAGGUUCCAGACUCUGUCGCACGUCUUGGCGGCCACGUUGCUCCUGGAGCCUUACAAGAAGCGGUUAGAAGACCAAGACAGCGUGGACAUGUUGAAGCGGAUGCUGAAGCCGCACGAAAAACCGUUACAAGACGAUCAAGUCGUCGAUACUUUCAAUCUGGAGAGACCGACGCAGGGGGACAACGCCCGGCAGAAAUCUGUUAAAAAAGUGGAAGCGUCCACGCUGAUCAAGAGAGGCCUUAGGCAAGGUACCAGGAAGAUGGACCUGCAGUCUGCACUGAAACACAUGCUAGAGACUGCAGAGGACAACGCCUCAAGGCAGCAAGACUCGAUAAGUACAAGUUCCCGACCACUCGGCCCUUACGACAUAGCGACUGUCCUGGUCCAGAGGACAAACUCUGCCCGGCGCGAUAAUCAAAGCCGGAGGUCUUCCAGCAAGUCCUCCCGCUCAGCCGCGCAACGAACAACGUCCAGGGGGAAAAACCGACCCGAACGACCCCAGCUAAGAUCGGUGCUGUCCAUGGAAGAGGCUCGGACCGAAGGCCCCAAUAUCCGACGAAGUGUCAGCACUCCUGGUGCCACUAGAUACAAGGCGAACCACUUCGGGGAAGCGAACGUCUGAGCGCAUUAUGCAGCUCCAACCCCAAUCGCUCCGCAUCGGAGACUCCGAUUCACGCAUAUCAAAGUCUCACCCAUUCCAGACGCCAUAUGUGGUCCUCUAGGGAUGCCCAUAGGACAUCUGUUAGACGUUACAACGUCCUCGGGACGUCUGCAGGACAUCUGUGAGACGUUACAACGUCCUCAAGACGUCUGCAGGACAUUGUGUGUUGUUCAGGGUUAGACUUUCGCAAUUUCUAGCAUAAUGAGGAGCUGUGAGCGUACUUCAUCGCGGACGUGGUUGUUUGGCGAACGUACCUGCCAGCAUUUUAAGAAGCUUUAAUCCAAACCAUAGGGCUGAAA